AAUUAAUCAUCAUCCACGAUUUUCCAGUUUGAUGGCAUUUGUUCCGCGUCAAUUGGUACUUUCAUUCGAGUUAAUAUCUAAGCGCCAACGACCUACUCUGUGUCUCUUUUACUAGAGAGUCUUUAGUAUCAAAUUAGGGUUUCAAUUUCAACAAGAGCAUGUCGAUUCCAACCCCUUGUUUCCCGAUGGCAGAUAGCAAUCUCCGCCGUCCAAUUGCGUCGUUCCCGGCAUCGACGUUUCGUCCGGAUCGAAUCUCAGGUAAUGGGACCUGGAUUCGCGAACGAGGAAGAAUUAACGUGAAAUCAGAGGCGAAAACUGACGAAUCUAGUUCUAGUGAAAGCACUACGAGCGGCAGUGCAUCUAGCUUCUUAUCCGUUCUCUGUCCAUUGCUUAAACUCUUCUCUGGAGGUGACCCUUCUCAGCAACGGAAUCAUGCUCUUGAGGUCGCAACUUCUUCUUUAGCGUCUAUUGCAAGACUUCCAUGGGGAUCUCGAGUCUCAUCCAUGAGUAUAUAUAAUCAAGAUGUUUCUUCUAGUCCACCUUUGAGAUUGCAGCUUUUUGAAUUUGAGGCAUGUCCUUUUUGCCGGAGGGUGCGCGAAGCCAUGACUGAGCUAGACCUCUCUGUAGAAGUUUAUCCUUGUCCUAAAGGAUCUGCAAGACACAGGGAAAUGGUUAGAAGAUCCGGUGGAAAAGAGAUGUUUCCGUUCCUCAUUGACCCCAAUACUGGUACUUCAAUGUAUGAGAGUGGUGACAUCGUAAAGUACCUAUUUAAUCAAUAUGGAAAUGGAAGAGGCCCUUCCACAGGACUUCUCGAAAGCACCUUGUUCACAGGAUGGAUGCCAACACUUCUCCGAGCUGGUAGAGGCAUGUCAUUAUGGGACAAGGCUUCAAUCGAUCCACCACCUGAAAUGCUCGAGCUCUUCUCUUACGAAAACAACUCAUAUGCGCGGUUGGUGCGUGAAGCACUGUGUGAGUUGGAGCUCCCCUAUGUAUUAUACAACAUUGGAGAAGGGUCCACCCGGAUGAGAUCACUUCUAAAUGUGUCAGGAUCCGAUAAGGUUCCAUUCUUGGUUGAUCCAAACACUGGUGUCCAGUUAGGUGAUUACCAGAAGAUAUUGGCUUACCUAUUCGAGACUUACUCUUCAGCAGCAUCUGCAUAGUGGGCAAUCUGACUUAUUUUCAGUGAUGAAAUACUGAGAAACUUUUGUUGAAUUAUCCCUUCUGCGAGUUGGCGCCGGCGCCGAUUGGUAGAUCUCUAGCUGCAUCGUUCGAUCCUUGUUAAUCAGAGAAGAGAAAUAUGAAAAGUUUAAUUAAACUCUCUCUUAUAUAUCAUGUAUAUUUUAAGGUUUUACUAGAUUUUGACCCGCGUUUGAAAGUAGGGCGCGGAAAUUUUUUUUGAUUAAAAGUUUAUAUAAUUAGGUUUUGUCUUUAUUUAAAAUGUGUUUUGGUAUAAAAUCAGUG